GUUUGAAAUCAAACAAAACAUUAUUUCUAUUAUUAAACUAUUUGUGAUUUAAGUGUGAAUUCAUUGAUAUCUCGAAGAAUAAACAAAUUAUGUCAACAAAUGAAACAAAUGAAGACAAGUCAGCGAAAGACCGAUCGAUUGAUCCCGAAGUGGACGACGAGUUGUCCUCAUUAUUGGACAGUGCUUUAAAUGACUUCAAUAUUAAGCCCACAAAUACUGAUCCGAAAAGUGCUUCGGCGACCACAUCUGUGACCACUUGUGAUGAUUUGAUUAAUAACAAGAAAAUUAUACCUGAAUUGAGUGCUCCGGAUGUUGGAAGUGAUCCUUUUGAUGAUAAACUCAAUGAAGAUUUAGCAAAAUUUGAUGAAAUGUUUUCGCCGCUCAUUAACUCUGAUCCCGAACUCAAAGAGCAUUGGUCUCGACUGACAAAGUCGUGCGCCGAAGCGGCCACUGCCAGUAAUGAAGACGAAUUUCAACACUCAUUACAGGAGACACUGAAGACUAUCUCAGAUAAGGCUCAGGCAGUGGUCGGAGAGGAAAACAAUUUGUCAGAAGAAGAAUUGGCAAGAAUUUGGUCUAAUCUGGGUAUUGGAGCCGACGAUGAAGAGAACGGUUCCAACAAUUUUGCUAAUUUGAUGCCUUUGAUGACUAAUAUGAUGCAAAACUUGUUGUCAAAAGAGUUAUUAUAUCCGGCACUCAAUGAAUUGGCAGAAAAGUAUCCGACAUUUCUUAAUGAAAACAAAGACAAAUUAUCAGCUGAAGAGCUCAAGAGAUAUACAAAACAGAUGGAACUCAUGAAAGAAGUUUGCGAAGAGUUUGACUCUGAAUCAACUGAAGACAGCGAAGCCGUCAAAAAAGAGAGAUUUCAACGUAUUUUAACUGUAAUGCAAGCGAUGCAGAGCUGCGGAUCGCCACCCAGUGAUCUGAUCGGUGAUUUGCCCGACUUUGGUGCGGGUCUGCCUCCAGACCUUAACAUUGGAAACAUUCCCGGAUUAAAUGCCGACCAGAAUGCGGGCCAGUGUUGUAUAAUGUGAUCAGAUUUUGUAUUUAAAACAAAUGCAUAAUUUCUGUGUUUAUUUUAAAAAUCUAAUUCUGUUAUCAUUUAUGUUAUAAUUUAUACAUCGCUUAAACUUUUUAUUUGAUCGAAAUAAUUAUGUUUUACUACAGUAUAUAUCACACAAAUCAAAGUUUAUUGUUUUAAUUAUUUUACAAACAAAAUGUAAUUGCAUUGUUAAUACAUAUGAUUAUUAUACUGUACUUAUUGGGAGCUUUGGUUAAUUGAAGUGAUCUUAUCAUAAAAUGUUGUUUCAAAAGUUUAUACAAUUAUAUACAUUUAGGUUACCCGGUAUAUUUAUUUAUAUUAUACU